GUGAGUUUUAAAUUUGCAAUGGCCAGCGAAUACAGUUCUCUGCUUAUUGAAAAGGAUAUACGUUCAGAAGAAAUUCAAAAACAAGGCCAUGAUUACAAAGCUGCCUUAAAAGUGUUUGAUAUUCUUCGUACGAACCCGAAGAAAAUAGAUGUGGAAGUGUUCAAAUCGACAUUGCAAGAAUUUCCGCACAUCAUAAACUACAAUUUUUUUAACGAAAACGAUUACUGCUCUCUUUUGAACAUUGUUAAAUACAAAUUGAAAUUGGAUUCUAAGAAGAGGCGUGAACUUAUGAACGUCAUUAUCGAAAUCGGUUUUACAACUGUGGACCCCAUAUUUUACGCUGCCGCAGGCUGCAAUUCAAUUUUUUUGGAAACUUGUGGUUUAAGUAAUGAUGAUUUAAUUUGGGUGAAAACUGGUGAUACCUUAUUGGCCUUUCUGUUAAAAUAUGGUGACCCCCUUAAAGAACAUUAUGUGCACUGUGUGGAAAAGCUACUUAGUGAAGAAAAUGUCAACAAACUUGACUACUCCCAACAAACCCCCUUGACUAUUGUGCUAAAGGAAUAUUUUGUUUCAUCGGAAGAAGAAAAGAAUGUCUUAAACGACGUUGUAAAAACUCUAUUGGAAAAAGGAGCAAGUAGGCUAAGAAUACCAGAAUUCAUGGUAAAAAAAUUCGAAGAAAACCAUUACAAACUAAACUUCCAGGACGCCGUGGUAUCAAUGAGAGCAGAACAAAAACUAUUCGACUACAUAAUCAGAAAUGAACCAACCAAAUUUACGGCGUUAUACCAAUCAUCAAAAUUUCUUGAUGUUAAUGAUGGUGAAAACACCUUGCUCCAAUUAUCUGUAAUACUUAACAGACUACCAAUAGUCAAAACGCUUCUUAAGUCAGAUAUUAAUUUUAACGGAUUUACUGCAAGAAAUUUACACUGCCCCUUGGUGCUGAGUGCCAUUCUGAACAAAAAACACAUUUUCCAGAUACUAAUCCCAAAUGUCGUCAUCACACCAGGAGUCUUCAACACGUUUGUGAGAUUUCGAUGCCUUAGCAUGCUGGAAGAAUACUUUUAUGACGUUUUAAAAUCACCCAAGUUGGACGUUAACAUGAAAUCGUAUCAAGGCAACACACCUCUACAUUUCGCCAUUAUAUUCGGGGAUUCGUCCUCUGUGCAGACUCUGUUAAAACGGGGGGCACCUCUAACUGCAAAAAACCAAUUCGGCAUGGAGUGCAUUAAUUUUAUAAAUACCAACGACUUGGAACUGCACUACGAUUCGUGUAUCAAGUUUGACGAAUACAAGCGGAUUCUAAAGGAUACCGUUUCGAAGGUAACUUUGGAUUUCACCACUUUGGUUCAGGAUUGCCGUUCUGAAGUUGAAAUGGUUAAGCAGUAUGGUUCCCAGUCGGGAACGAAAAAAUUGUUGCAGCAUCCUCUUGUCGAUAUUUUUAUGAACAUCAAGUGGUACCUUUGCAAGAAGUAUUUUUAUAGCUACGCAAUUUUCAAAAUCCUUAAUUGUUACAUGAUAUUUUUAAUUUUACUUAGCAAUCACUUGAAUUCGGUUUAUGGUUUGCUUAUUUUUGAAGCUUUGUUCUACAUAAUUUGGGUAAUAUUAAGUUAUAGAUUUUUUCGCCAUUCGGGUUCAGAUUUUAUAUGCUAUUGUUUGUUGAGUAUAUUUUUAACAAUCGAUGUAAUCUUGAUAACAUUAUACAAGUUUAAUUUUUGUGAGAUUUCACUUCUGGUUAUUAAGCAGGUUAAUUCCAUUAUUUUUGUUCUUAUUUCUGCGUCGAUAAUUAUUACGUUGGGUUAUAAAUUAAAUUGUUCCAAAUGGUCUAUAAUGUUACAAAAGGUUGUAAGCACCUAUUUUAUAAACAUGAUGUUCCUAAUAUUACCUUUGUUGGCAUUUGCAACCGGUUUCACCCAACUGAUGUGGAAAGACGACCAUAAAUACGACCUAUUCUAUUCAAUCUAUAAAACAACCCAAACUCUUACAGAAAAAGCUUUAAGUAAGGAUUUCACUUUGACCGACACGGAAAACAAUAACUUUGUUCAUAUAUUUAUCACAUUUUUUAUCAUUUUAUCGAUAGCAAUAAUGAAUUUUUUUACUGGCCUUGCCGUCAACGACAUUCAAAGGUUGGGCAAAGAUUGGGAAAUUAUUUCGUACAAUAACGUUAUAGUUUUCAUAUCAUUCGUAGAAAAAUUUUACUUACAGUUCCCCAAACUCUGUACAAUAUUGAGACUUCCUAGACCGUUUAUUUUUACCGAGGAUACAAAAUACCAAGUUGAGAUGUUUGUUCAGAAGAACGAAGAAUUCAAAAGCAUCAAGAGAUUGGCAAACUUUAAAUUAAGCAAGAUAUCGAAGGCUAAAAUAUCGGAAGUUUUCCAGAAAAAAAUGACGAAAAGUAUCGAUGAUAAACUAAAGGAUGCCAUGGGUAGAAUAGAGCAUACUACACAGGAAACUCUUCUGAAAGUUUUACAGGAGAUUAAGGAGCUAAACAUUUACAUAACAAUAAUACUUAACAGACUACUAAUAGUCAAAACACUUCUUAAUUCAGAUAUUAAUUUUAACGGAUUUACUGCAAGAAAUUUACACUGCCCCUUGGUGCUGAGUGCCAUUCUGAACAAAAAACACAUUUUCCAGAUACUAAUUCCAAAUGUCGUCAUCACACCAGGAGUGUUCAACACGUUUGUGAGAUUUCGAUGUCUUAGCAUGCUGGAAGAAUACUUUUAUGACGUUUUAAAAUCACCCAAGUUGGACGUUAACAUGAAAUCGUAUCAAGGCAACACACCUCUACAUUUCGCCAUUAUAUUCGGGGAUUCGUCCUCUGUGCAGACUCUGUUAAAACGGGGUGCACCUCUAACUGCAAAAAACCAAUUCGACAUGGAGUGCAUUAAUUUUAUAAAUACCAACGACUUGGAACUGCACUACGAUUCGUGUAUUAAGUUUGACGAAUACAAGCGGAUUCUAAAUGAUACCGUUUCGAAGGUAACUUUGGAUUUCACCACUUUGGUUCAGGAUUGCCGUUCUGAAGUUGAAAUAGUUAAGCAGUAUGGUUCCCAGUCGGGAACGAAAAAAUUGUUGCAGCAUCCUCUUGUCGAUAUUUUUAUGAACAUCAAGUGGUACCUUUGCAAGAAGUAUUUUUAUAGCUACGCAAUUUUCAAAAUCCUUAAUUGUUACAUGAUACUUUUAAUUUUACUUAGCAAUCACUUGAAUUCGGUUUAUGGUUUGCUUAUUUUUGAAGCUUUGUUCUACAUAAUUUGGGUGAUAUUAAGUUAUAGAUUUUUUCGCCAUUCGGGUUCAGAUUUUAUAUGCUAUUGUUUGUUGAGUAUAUUUUUAACAAUCGAUGUAAUCUUGAUAACAUUAUACAAGUUUAAUUUUUGUGAGAUUUCACUUCUGGUUAUUAAGCAGGUUAAUUCCAUUAUUUUUGUUCUUAUUUCUGCGUCGAUAAUUAUUACGUUGGGUUAUAAAUUGAAUUGUUCCAAAUGGUCUAUAAUGUUACAAAAGGUUGUAAGCACCUAUUUCAUAAACAUGAUGUUCCUAAUAUUACCUUUGUUGGCAUUUGCAACCGGUUUCACCCAACUGAUGUGGAAAGACGACCAUAGAUACGACCUAUUCUAUUCAAUCUUUAAAACAACCCAAACUCUAACAGAAAAAGAAAAAAAAGGAUUUUACUUUGACCGACACGGAAAACAAUAA